GAGCCCCGGGACGGAGACGACGAUCCCGUUGAGCGCCCGGGACAGACUCGUCGCCAUGUGGCUCGCGGCGGACAGGCAGGUGUGCAUGGUGUGCCUGGGUGACUUCUGGCAGCUGCCCGGACCACAGAAGCCGCCUUCGAACGUCGUGGACAGCGCUGGCUGGGGGACGUGGGCCUGCCCCAUCGAGUUCCACCAAGUCUUCCGCUGCAAGGACGAAAAACUCGGAGACAAGCUGGCGGUGCUCCGGACCUCCGUGCCCAGCAAGAAGGUCUUCCGCGCGAUAUGCAGCGAGGCGCACAGGGCGUGGAAGACUCAGGAACCGACCGCCUGGGACGUGCUGGAGCUGAUGCGCAAGACCGAGGAGAAGACGACCAUCGCCACCUGCACCAGGAGAGGCGCCGCCAUCGUGAACGCCCUGGCGCUGCAGGUCCUGUUCGUGGACAGGAACAAGACUAAGCUGGCGGACCUCCCGUUCGACUGGGACACGAACAUGGAGAACUUCGACGACGACGGCGACGUCGUCUCCGACCGCGCCCCCGUCGCGGAGCGCACUCCUGUCUACGCCGGGAUGCGGGUCUUCCUGACCAAGAACCUCAACAAGCGGGACGACUUCGUCAACGGGAUGCAGGCCGCCGUGGAGGAGUACGACUCUGGGAGUCGCUGCCUGCGCGUGCGCACGUCCACCGGCAAGCGCCUCUCCGUGUUCCCCGUGACGGAGACCGUGGGCAAGUACAAGGUAACUUUCUACCCCGUGCGCAUCGGGCACGCCGGCAAGGUGCAGCGCAUCCAGGGCAUGACGCUGGAGCACAUAACGGUGUACCUGGACGCCCCCGGCUGCCGCGCGGCUGCAUACGUCGCCAUGUCGCGGGUGGAGUACGAUUACCAGUACCUCAUCGCCGGCGACGCGCAGCACGCGUCGAGCAUCCAGUCGCUGCAUGGCCCGCCACGACUAGACCGCAUCGCUCAC